AAGAAGAAGAAGAGAGGAUAUCCCUCAAAAGAAAAAGAAAAAGACCUGGACCUGGACCUGGAGUGGGAGCCAUGGCGGCCGCCGUCCACCUCCACCUCCAUUACCUCCUCCGUCCAUGUCCGCCGGCUCGCCGAGCCGGCCUCUUCUCCUCGCCGUGGCGCUCCCUCCCGCCUCUGCUCCCGCCCGUCCGCCUCCGCUCCUCCCUCCCGGCCCCCACCUCCCACCUCACCGCCGACGGCACAGAUGAGUCGGGAUUCGUGGUGGUCACCUUCUACAAGCUGGUGCCCUUGGAGGACCCCCGCGCAGAGGUCGCCGCGCACCUCCAAUUCCUCCAGGGACGCGACAUGGACAUACACGGUCGCAUCUACAUGAACCAGCAGGGGAUCAACGCUCAGUACAGUGGUCCGCGCAAAGAUGCAAUAGCGUACGCGGACUGGCUCAGGAGAGACCCUCGCUUCUCUGAUAUACUCGUCCAGAUUUCGCCAGCGCUAAGUGGGCAUGCUUUUCCUCGGCUCAAACUGCGCUACAAACAAUCUCUUGUUCAGUUGGAAGGAGGGAGUUGUCAUCUUCCUCUGGUGGAACCUAGCAUGCGCGCUUCACCACUGACCCCAUCGGAGUGGAGGGAGAAGCUUGAAGCUAGGAAACGCCUUGAAACCGAAGCACCUGGAGAUACCUCUGAAGGACGAAAGCUUUUGCUCCUUGAUGUUAGGAAUGACUAUGAAUGGGACAUUGGGCAUUUUGAAGGAGCCAAGAGGCCUAACGUGGACCGCUUCAGAAGCACUUCAUUUGGGCUGUCGGAGCAGGAGAUUGAUUCGACGGACCCUCUGCAUGGAGUAGACAAAGAGAAGACAGACAUAUUAAUGUACUGCACGGGUGGCAUAAGAUGCGACGUGUACUCAACGAUUUUGAGGGAGAAGGGUUUCGGGAAUCUGUACACUCUGAAGGGGGGCGUGUCCAACUACCUCAAGAGCCAAGGGAGCGCGGAGUGGGUGGGUAACUUGUUUGUCUUCGACGACCGGCUGUCCCUGCCACCAGCCAAGUUUGCAGAGGCAGGAGAAGAAGGGGGUGCCGACAACGGGGAUCUGUCGUCGUCUCGGUGGCUGGGGCGGUGCUACGUGUGCGGGUCGGAGGUGGAGGAGCUGAGGCACCGCAACUGCGCCAGUAUCGACUGCAACAGGCUCUACCUGUGCUGUGGUGGGUGCUUGAAGGAGCUGAGGGGCUGCUGCUGCACGGAGUGCAUGGGUGCGCCACGGCUGCGGCCGCUGCUGCCGGGGCACCAGAGAUAUGACAAGUGGCAUCUGUACCGCGACGACGCCUCGGUCAUCUCUAGCGGAGCUGAGCCGAGCUGAGCCGAGCGUCAUCCAGUCCAAGUCCAGUCUAGUAGUUGCUCGAUUACAGAAGGUUUACAAGUAGCUCUUUCUCUCUGUUUCUCUCUUACUACGUACCUACUACUUGUGUUACACACAAUAUAGGAUAGGAAGCAACAACACUAAGUGGCUGGAGUAAAAUUCUUUUGUGCCUUCAAAUUCAGUAGGAUUACUUGUGUCUA